AAAGAAGGCGUUAGUCACAAAACAGUCGUAGCUCUGAAACGUCGUCUGUUCAAAUAAACAGUUACGUUGUUGUAAUGUGGAAUCGAAAAGACUUGGCGGUGAGUGAGGUAAACCAGUGCAAUGGAACCGUCAACCCAGUAUUGGUCAUGGAUGAUAGAGUUAUAGCCUCCACUAGCGCAGCUAUAGCUGCAACUCCUCAAAUAGAAAAUCUGAACAUUACCAAUUCAACCAAAUGCCAUGUAGGCCCGAAGUUUGUUUCGGUCACUCAGAAUGUUCAUAAUACCGAGAUGAUAAGAGGCCGUAUUUUGGGCCUCGAGCUGGUAUCUCCGCGUAGAUUGCGCUGCAGCAUAGUCGUAUUCGCAUGUUGGGCCUUCGUUAUUGCCCUUGGCCUGGCGGGAUACCUCAUAUACGUCGCUCUACAAACACAUCAAACGCGUUUAGAUAUAGGUCUGAAAGAACCUUGGUACCUUCGACGAGAAGACUGGUAUGCUAUGCCUGCGUAUUAUAAUGAAUUUCUCAAUCUACCGCUACCAUAUGUGAUAAUUGGUCAUUCGGUUACGAGGUACUGCGAUGAAAAGUAUGCCUGCAUUAAAGUCAUGAUUGAUAUACAACAAGAUCAUCUAAGAAGGAUGUUAUUGGAUAUAGGCCCAAACUUUCUCGUUGGUGGGAAUGGAUAUGUGUUCGAAGGAAGAGGAGCAAACUUGUUUGGAGCGAUGAUACCAGCCUACAAUAGAAGAUGCAUAUCAAUAAUGUUCAUUGGAAAUUACAUUUAUGAUUCACCAGAUGAUAAGCAGUUUAAUCAUUUAAAUAUAUUGUUGGAGAGGCUUGUAGAAGUAGGCGUUCUAAGACCAGACUAUACUCUAUAUGGCCAAUGUCAAGUUCAAUCUCUGACGGUCCCUCCCGGACCCAACGUGGUUGCAUCAUUGAGUCGUUUUACUCAUUGGGACCCCGUGAAUGUGACUGGGUGUAUUAGGUGAUUUCUACAAUCAAAUUCUUAACCUUGUGUUGAACAGUGAUCCUAAUUGUAUAUUGUAUAUGUAAGGAGUCUAGUUUACAGUCAAAUCACGCAUUUAUUAAGGAUGAUUCUGUAUGUUAAUAACGUUCUGAAAUUUAGAGCUGUGCUGUUGUCUCGAUGAAAUAACUAUUUUGAUUUAACUUAUGCUCUGCUAACGGCCUUUUUCAAUAACGUAUCUCUAGUUAGAGAUACAUUGCUGUCACCGUUUAAUGACAAGAUCUUAUCUAUCCAUAGUUAUGUCCAAUAUAGUUAUAAUCCAAUGCUUUAUGUUGAUAGGUUAUUGAAAUGUAAGUAAGCGUAAAAGGAUAGAUUUGUCUACCUCUACUAAGUUAAACUAAGGAUAGAUAGAUUAUUGAAAAGGCAUCGCUUACAACAAUCUAAUAUAUUUGUUAGUCAUUUGUCGUACAUAUAAUUGGGUUUUCAUAUUUUAUAAAUAAUAUGAAUAAAACCUA